UUCAUUAAUUGCUAAUCGGUUGAAGUUCAAGUUGUGCAGCACCGGCGAUCUGUCUGUAACAAAGUUCCAUCUCUCACCGAUUUUCCUGCUCCCAAAAAAUGGACAUCAGAGAAACAAUCAAAAGCCAUGGCGAGGUCGCCUUGGCCAUCACCAAGCGCCUUCUCCAACACGAAGCCAAAAACUCCAACCUGGUGCUCUCGCCCUUGUCAAUCCAUGUGGUGCUCAGCCUUAUUGCUGCUGGCUCCAAUGGCCCCCCGCUGGAUCAGCUUCUCUCCUUCCUCAAAUCCGACUCCACCCACAACCUCAACUCCUUCGCUUCUCAAAUCGUGUCCACCGUCUUCGCUGAUGUCUCCCACGCCGGCGGACCUCGCCUCGCUUUCGCCAAUGGGGUAUGGCUCGACCGCUCGCUUUCUCUCAAGCCUUCUUUCAAACAGGUUGCGGACACUGCUUUUAGAGCCACGCUGAAUCAAGCCGAUUUCAAGACUAAGGCUGUUGAAGUGACUUCAGAAGUGAACUCAUGGGCGGAAAAAGAAACUAAUGGACUAAUCACUGAGGUUCUUCCUCCUGGAUCAGUGGAUAGUCUCUCUAGGCUCAUCCUUGCAAAUGCACUAUACUUCAAAGGAGCUUGGGAAGAGAAAUUUGAUGCUUCAAAAACAGAAAAACAUGACUUCUACCUUCUCGAUGGGAGUUCGGUUGAGGUUCCCUUUAUGACCAGCAAGAAGAAGCAGUAUGUAACUGCCUUUGAUGGAUUUAAAGUUCUUGCAUUGCCAUACAAACAAGGAUCUGACCCGCGUCGCAUCUCUAUGUACUUCUUUCUCCCGGAUGCGAAGGACGGAUUGCCAUCUUUGAUCGAACAAAUAGAUUCCCAAUCUGGGUUCAUCGACCACCACAUUCCAUACCAACAAGUUGAAGUGGGUCAAUUCAAGGUGCCAAAGUUUAAAAUUUCUUUUGGGAUCGAAGUUUCCAAUGUUUUGAAGGAGUUAGGAUUGGUGUUACCUUUCACCGAAGGAGGUCUGUUAGAGAUGGUGGACUCCCAAAUGGCUCAAGGACUUCAGGUUUCAAAAAUAUUCCACAAGUCAUUCAUUGAGGUUAACGAAGAAGGCACAGAAGCAGCAGCUGCUUCAGCUGCUGUUAUAAAACUGAGGGGUUUGUUUUCUAUAGACAUAAUUGACUUUGUUGCCAACCACCCAUUCUUGUAUGUGAUUAGAGAAGACAAGACAGGAAUUUUGCUUUUCACUGGGCAAGUGCUAAAUCCUCUGUCCACAGAAUAAACACUAAGACAUGUACAACUUGAAUAACUGCAAAACUCUAGUCCACUGCUAGCUAUUGUAGAUCUAAGACAUUUUUAGCAUGUCCUUUUGAGUAUUACAUGUAUUAUCUAUUUACACGUUUAAGUUGUUAUGCCUUGUUUUACAA